GACAGAUUAACUCCUCCCGUCCGGGUUGUAGAGGCUUGAGCUAACGAGCUAACCCCAGACACCCAGGAAGUGACAGCCUCGGAUCAAAACAGAAACAACGGAGGGGCGCAGCGCUUCCUUCUCCGAGCCCAGGUUCUGUGUGCCUCUGCCCGAGUCCAGCUCCUCAGCUGCAGAGUCCAGCUCCCCAGCUGCUCUUCCGUGGUCUUCACGAUGUCUUUCCCCUCCGACAGACGAGCAAUGAGCCCCUCGCUGUGUGCUGCCGUCGCUGUGCUGUGCGUUAGCAUCGUUAGCCUGGGGGAAUGCUACGAACCUACUAUGACACCCGCAACUCGUAAGUUGACGAAUACUUUGAUAACCUGCGCUGUCUACAAGAACUGUGACACCUGCGUGCCCCAUGCCAGGUGUCUUUGGUGCUUCUCCACCAACAACUGCACCGAAUACCCAGUGCGCUGGCUGCUGCCCCCAGCGUCACUGUGCCCGCUGGCCGAUGCCCGAUGGGGCAUGUGUUGGCUAAACUUUGAAGCCCUGAUUAUUACCAUGGCUGUGAUCGGGGGAAUCAUCCUGAUCGGCAUUAUGGUGUUCUGCUGCUGGUGCUGCCGCUGCUGCUGCUGCAAGAAGCGUGGGCCAAGGCCCGACAGAGAUGAGGAGCUACUUGCUAGGAGGCUAGAGGAGAACAAGCAACGCGCUGAAGAACGGAAAGUGAACAAGAAUGCGCGGCAUGAUGAGAUCCGCAAGAAGUAUGGUCUCCUGAGCGACUCGGACCACCCGUACAGCAAGUUCGAGAACGAGUAGAGCAGCUGUCCUGGUGGAGUUCCACAGGAAGCGCUCGGAGUCCGUCUUCGUUUAUAUCUUGGAGUGAUUCCCUUUUCUCACAAAAACCACACACACACAACAAGACAAAUACCGCUGAGUGCCGUCCAGAAUGAUUCAGUUCAGAUAAAAAUCAACAUUUUUAAUAAGAAACCUGGUGGAAGGAGAUUCUAGAUUUAAUUUUGAUUCUCAAUGAAAAUUGUGUUUGUGUCGGGCGGAUGUUGAAGCUUCUUUUUAAACCUGCAAAUUUCUUUUUGUGUUCUGAAAUUGUCACUUGUGGUAAUGUAGUUUUAUAUGGGCUUUUUCCUUUUAUAUAUGCAAUGUUGAUUUAUGAAAUACACAAUAAUGAUUGCACUAUAGGUGUGUUGUGACACAUGAAUAAAAUUCAGCUCUUUUAAGAAUAA